UACAUACAUAAAUGAAACGAAAUUCAGUAGCUUCGGGAGGGGAAUACCCGGCGUGCCUCUUUCAUGUUCGACGUUUGCUUAACAAUCGUUGAGCUAUAAAAUUUCGUCGCCGUGGAGUAAAAUAGUUUAUUGCAAAUAUGCAAUAAAACGAGCCGGCGUGAACAAUCUAGGAUUUUAGCGUGGAGAGAGAACUGAGAUACACGGGUGGGGCCGUAAGGAAGUUUUAAGGUCUGAAACAACACAUGCAUAAGUUUGCAAACAUCUCAAAUUCAAAGGCGAUUAUAUCCACUGAAGUGAGCGCUGCGCUCAGCACAUUUAGACGGCGUUCAGUCUUCUCCCGUACUUCUCGGCAGGCAGGCGUCGGGAGUGUUUGUUUUUCUUUGCAGUGUGUGGUUGGUCGCCAUUCGUUUAGUUCAUUGCGGUGUAUUUUAUUAUAGAAAUCGUACGCGCAUACCCCUAUUUUUGAAUAGUUUAUUUUAAGAAAUCACAUCGCACCGAGCGAGAAGAAUACACCGGCACGAUGAAUUGUUUUGCUAGCGCCGGAUUGCCCGAUGAGGCAUAUGUUUCCGUUCGCUCCAAGCUUAUUGAUGAGACUGAUGGCGAGAUUGAUCGCCCUACGCGCCAUCGGCGUAAAACAAAUGAGAAUUUCAUCUAUGUGAUGGCGUUCUGUUAUGUGCUACUGGCGGGCAUGCUGAUCUACUGCGGUGUUAACGGCCCUGCUAGUGGCCAUCGCGAUAAUUUCGAAUAUGGCCAUUUUAAUAACGAUCCAGAUUCGAUUUGGGAUGAUGUAAUGCACCAACACCUGCAAUUGGGUAGUACAGAUAUGUUGUACAUGGUGGCGUUCAUACUCGCAAUUAUAAUGGUGACAAUAUUGCUUCUGCGUUACUUUAUUGGCGUUUUCAUUUGGACCAUGCUUGUUCUUGGAUCAUUAACGGCACUUGGGCUCACCAUCGUAGCAUGGUAAUCAAUUUUACAUCCGGAAUA